AUGCUACGCAUUACUUCACAGCGAGCCAGAUUCGCGAAUGUAAUGCAGAAACUCCCAUCUGAUAUGAUGGACGAAAUUUCUGAUGUCCUCUCCGAUUUGCGCGAGCAUGAACCGUACGAUCACUUAAAGGAAGCAAUCCUCAAGCGAACCGGACGUUCCGAGGAAGAUAUGAUCCAAGAGAUACUGCGGAACGUCACUAGAGGCGACAAAACGCCAUCCCAGCUUCUCAGAUAUAUGAGGAACCAGCUGGGAAAGCACAACUUCGACCACAGCGUUAACGCUGUUCGCGCCCCCGACAUAGCGAAGCACGAACGCUACGAGCCUAGUAAAACGGAACGGGCGUUGGCCGACCUUCAACGGCAAAUUCGGGAGCUCCAGAUCUCCCUGCGCCCGCGGACGAGGACAUCGACCCCAUCUCGACGGAGACGAACCCCAGCCGAGAACGGCGAAGCGACCAGGGUGUUUGUUGGUUUCAUCGCACAUUCGGCGAUGAGGCCAGGAAUUGUAAACCUCCUGUACACACCCGUCGGCCCGGGGAAACGAAUAAACCGGAGAGUCGCGACGACUAACUCUUCCGGUGCCAACACGCAAUGUCGUCUAUUUUACGUUUGGGAUCGACGGAACAAGUUGAAAUUCCUGGUGGACACAGGUGCGGCCAUCAGCGUGGUACCCCUUCAGAACGACCACACCGCUAAGCCCACCCUGAUCAAACUACGAGCAGCGAAUGGUUCCGCGAUAGACACGUACGGAGAAAGGACCCUUACUUUGAAUAUCGGCAUGCGACGCGAUUUCACUUGGACAUUUACCGUGGCCAACGUGAAGGUACCCAUCCUCGGCGCGGAUUUCCUGGCGCAUUACGCACUGGCGGUCCAUAUGAACCCUAGGACUCUGUCCGAUACGACGACGAAUCUCCGUGUCUUAGACUCAGCACCACAUCAGAACCCGAGGUCCUCCCGCACACUCCCAUCCGCGACGACUCGCUCCGCACAAACUGGCGUACGCCAGGAGCAAUUCGACAAAAUGCUCAGUGAUGGCAUCAUUCGUCCUUCCGAUAGCCCUUAUGCCUCGCCACUACACUUAGUGCCUAAACCUGGUGGUGAAGAAUUUCGGAUAUGCGUCGACUACCGGAAAUUGAAUGCAUCGACCGUACCAGACCGAUAUCCUACGUUUUCAAAACCAACAUCUCCUUUCGUCGAGGAACUCCGCCACAAAAUGGCCCGGCUUAAAUAUGCAACUCCACGACAGCAACCGGUGAAUUCGUACAUCCCUCAACACUUGCGAGAUUGCAAAUUCGUUUUCGUACGGAACGACGCCGUGAGACGACCACUCACGCCGGCAUACCAAGGUCCUUUUCAGGUUCUUCGACGCACCGACAAGCACCUUACGAUCAAGCGCGCCAACUCGACCGACACCAUCGCAAUCGAUCGGACCAAGCCUGCUUUUCUGGAGAAGCGACAGUAUGACGCAAACCCGGCUCUGCGGCCCCUAAUGCUAUUCCAGCGCACCCAUCAGACGCAGCACCGCAGACAUCAAACGACACCCCAGCGACUCCUGUGCGGCAGACCCGAUCCGUCAGGGGAGACAAUCGUCGAGCAAAGUGUCCUUUCUUGGGUUAACGGCUGUACUUAUCAAAACGACGGAACCUUCCGUCGUUUCAAUCGCCAUUUCUUUCCCAGUUUCUCUCCCAGCCGGACGACAACCUGCAGACAUGUGAAGGCUGCAAAUUGA